GUCUCGGGGAAUACUUCCCAUGCUCCCUGAAGAGAUUAUUCGUUCCCUUGGCCAGCAAUGGCCUUGCCGAGACCUCCAGAUUAGGCAGCUUGCGGGUUUGCUCAGUCCAGACAUUCCCAGUCCACCAGCCGUGGUAGUCCACGGCAUUUCAGGGACAUGCAAAUCGACCAUGGUCCGUGCCGUUCUCUCCCAUCUUGAAAUCCCGCAUGCGAUUGUCCGAAGUACGGAAUGUAUUACGGGGAGACAUCUCCUCACGAAGAUCUUGUGGGGUAUUUUGGAAGCUUUGGGUCUGAAGGAUGAAUGGGAGAGAUUCGGGAAGGGUAGAUGCGAACAUGUCAGUUUGCUUGCGGUGUUGCUGGCCGAAUGCCUAGCGUCACCAAAGGCAGCAGAAAGCCGAAGUGGGAAGGUUGUGCUGGUUCUGGAUGGGAUUGAUAAGCAGAGAGAGGCGCCGCAGACGCUUUUGUCGGCGUUAGCUAGGCUGGGAGAGGUGAUACCGUCUUUGUGUGUGGUUUUGAUCCUCAGUUCUACCCCACGACCGCUUUUCCUUCAGUCUGCGGCGGUUCCUCAUAUCAGUUUUCCUCCUUAUACUCGCAAGGAAGCCAUUGCGAUUAUUCUCGGCUCAGAGCCACCAUUUGUGGACGAUCUUGCACCAGAGACUGUGUCUAAGUUAUACCCGCAUUUCGUGUCGACUGUCUACGAUGCCUUGGUUGGUCCUACGGCGGGCACAAUCCCAGUCUUCAAGUCUACGUGUGAGAAGCUCUGGCCGCAGUUUGUUGCGCCAAUCGUGAACGGUGACACUCCGCCUGGCACAGAUAACACGGAAUGGGACUUUUCACGGCUGCUGGUCAGAAACCGUGCAAUGUUCGGCCGUCGGGGCGAGUCCACACUUGUACAUCACAUUGUUCCUCCGGAAGCGGAAAGCGUAUCAUCAGCAUCGUCGAAGCUGUUAUCUACGCCGUCUGAACCCGGCCCUCCUCUUCCUGCGCUUCCUUCCUUGCCCUAUUUUGCGACCUUGGUUUUGACGUCUGCGUAUCUGGCAGCCCAUAUUCCGGCCAGACUAGACACGAUAUUCUUCUCCAAGUUCUCCUCUUCUUCCCUAUCUGCCCGAAAUAAACGCGCCCACCAUCGCCGGCGCCUGAAGAAACUCUCCCAGGCCCCUGUUCAGGCAGAUGAUAAUGUCCUUGAUCUUAAUCAAGGCCCUUCAACGCCUAGCAAGAAAGGAAAGAGACAAAAGACGCGCAUCACCAAGUCCACACUCGAAUCCGCAUUUGCCACAUCAUCCGCUACUAUUUCCGCAAUCCCAGGAGGGGGAGCAGGUGCUGGUGGUAGUAGCGCUGCCGCUGGUGCAGGAAUCGCUGGCUCGUCAACCAUUCUCACAGCUCGUCCUUUCCCCCUGGAACGUCUAAUCGCGAUAUACCACGCUAUUGAUCCUAACCCACCCUCCAAUCCCAUUCGCGUCGCGCCGGCCGCUGACGUAGUCUACACGGAGCUAGCGACGCUGCGACGACUCCGUCUUGUUGUGCCUGCUUCUGGAGGAGCAACGGGCACCGGAACGAUGGCUGUGGAUGCUGGAGAGAAAUGGUGCGUUAAUGUCUCUGGGGGUUGGAUUGCAGAGAUGGCUAAGGGGAUUGGGGUGGAAGUUGGAGAAUGGUUGGCAGGCGGCCUUGAUUGAUUUGUUGUUCUCUAUAUACAUAAAACUUCCUUUGAUGAUUAUAUUAUGUAUUAGGCCAAAAGGAUGCCAAUACCUGAAUGUAAACCCAGUCUAUAACCGGCGUUGGUUAUCUGCGUAGGGACUGUAUUUUGCUUCCAACGCGGAGCUCGACUCCAAACAAAUCAUAGAUGGCUGCAAUAGUGGCCGCUGCUUUCAGAGUUCGCAGUGCCGUCCUUUGAAAUAUAUUUUAGCG